AUGGCCAAGCGUGAAUUUUCAGGCACAUAUGAAGUGCUGAGUUUGCUAGAUAGGUCCUUUCUCACAGACAACAUGGAGUUCGUGGAGGCCUAUAAUGCUAUUGAUGAGCACGAUAUUAACACACUCAAUACGGUACUUCGUACCAUAGACAAAAUUGUCCAGAAGUACCCAACACCCAACGAUAAGAUUAAAACUGCAUUGGUUAAUGUGUUCAGAGAGAUACUGGGGAGGUAUCCUUACCUUUACGGAUAUUGGAAAAAACUAACUGCUGUUCAAUACCAAUUGAACGGCUUGGACACGUCGUUGAAAACUCUUGAAGCUGCAACAGAGGCAUUCCCUAGUAGUGCAGACCUAUGGUGUGACUAUCUACGUGUUUUGAUUGUUAACUUUCCAGAUGAAACAAAACUUAUAGAAGAAAAGCUUUCUAAGGGACAGAAGUUGGUUGGCUGGCAGUUUUAUUCGCACCCUUACUGGGAUUUGGCUUUGGACUACUAUGCAAGGCGAGAGAAAGACUUAAUUCCAUUAUAUUGGGAGAUUGUAGAGGUACCUUUACAUCAAUAUGCCAAAUACAUCGUCCCCUUCAAAAAACUUUUAAAUGAUCCAGAGGACAUCCAGAAAGUACAAAAAACGAUCGAGGCUAAUCAAAAACUGGUUGGUGAGCUAUGGCACUUUGAGAAGAACAUAAAACAGAAUUUCUUUAACUUGACCCCCCUUCCGCAAUCUGAAAUCAACAACUGGAAUGCAUACCUGCAGUAUUUGAUCGCAGAGAAAAAAUCCAAAAAAUUGAUCCAAUCUGUUUUUGAAAGGUGCCUUGUUCCUUGUUGUUUCCUCGAACAAGUUUGGAUUAAAUACACAGGAUGGUAUAGCACUCUUGAGAACAGUUUAGUGGAUGUGAUAGAGAUUUACGAAAGAGCCAACAAGCUGUUACCGACUAAUCAAAAAUUGGCGAGAUACACUUAUCUGGGAUAUCUUAAGAAGGAAUUCAAUGACCAAAAACAUAGAAAAUACGUAUAUGAUGCUAUUACCAAGUUGGUUGGCUCUUAUAUGACAAUAUGGCGACAAGAAACGGUAACAACGUCGUACUUGAUGGCACAAUUUCUACCUCUGUUAAAACGAUUUUCCUUCCCUUUGAAACAUGAUCAACCUGCUAAAGAUAUUUUGAAUCAACAGUUCGCAUAUACCAAGAUGUUAGAAGCUGCUGUUACAAGCUUUUUAAAUGAGAACCCAGAUGACACCAUCCCACUGCAUACAAUGAUUAACGAAGGUAACGUGGCCGUUGUGGCCGUAGAACUAAUAAAAGCUACUUGGUUGAUCUUAAAAAAUGUUUUACAGACCAGGAAGUAUUUCAACAGUUUUAGUAAGGUACAAUCUAUACGAAAUUCAACUUCGUUUUGGUUAACCUACUAUAAAUUUGAAAAAUGUGCCAAGAAUUUCAGUAAGCUAAACAAGUUUAUCAAUGAUUUGGGCACUAAUAUCAUUUUACCUGUGUCAGUAAUAAACGACAUUAUAAGCGACUAUGAGACAUUCUUUUUGACUAAUUCAACACUGAGCAAUUAUCGAAGUUUGGAUUCAAAGAACAGUAAAGACCGGAACACAAUUGUAGACCCAAUCCUUUAUUCAAAAUGCAAGAUAAACAAACCUACUUGGACUCCCAGUAAACAGCAGCAAAGUUCGACACUCGAUUGGUAUAAAACUUCAGAAUUCAAAGAAAAUGGACAUCCAAGCAUUAUUGUGGAGAGACCACAGAUCACGAACACUAUAGUUGGUCGCUCAAUCAAGUCAUUUGGGUUACUGGCACCAAAACUGCCCUCUUUCAGAAACUUGGAAAAGAUCAACCAGCCACCGAAGUAUAAGGAUUACUACACUGAUGAUUAUGUCGGAAAGUAG